AUGGCCCUGAGAUGGUUCAAUAGGUUACGAAAAGGCUCCAUUCAUAGCUUUGCCGAGCUGAUUCAAGAGUUCGGCGGCAGAUUCGUGACAUGCAGCCGAGUGCCGCAGCCGGUGGAUGCGCUACUUUCCAUAAAGAUGAGGGUAGGUGAAACCCUUCGAAGUUACGCCAGCCGGUACUGGGAACUCUACAACAAGAUCGGUGGAGGAAAUGAGAAGAUAGCGGCAAGCACCUUCAGGAUGGGGCUCCCCGAAGACUCUGAAUUACAGGAGUCGUUGACAAAAAGACCUCUCGAGGAUAUGAGGCAACUUAUGAGACGCAUUAAGGAGUAUAAACGCCUGGAAGAUGAUCGGUUGCAAAAUAAGGGGAAAGCCCCGUUACUCGGGAGAUCUCGGCAGGGCAUUAUCCCAGCAAGACCGAAAAAAGAUUUCAAGAUGCAGGAACCAGAGGCGCAAAUUGAAGGAGUUAAUGUGGCGUUCAAAGAACCUGGACAAAGGGCACACCACCGAGCAGUGUCGGGUACUAAAAGAUCAUCUCGAGCAAUUAGUAAAAGCAGGGUAUCUGAAAGAGUUUGCAGUGGACUCCGCAGACCAGGAUGCCGGCCAGGGUGUUCAGUAGAAAAGGAAUCCCCUCCCACCACGCUGGGAGUGAUCGAAGUCAUCCACGCUACCCCGAGAAGUACAGCAGUAGCUAAAGGGGUACUGACAGUGGCUUACACGGAAGGAGAAUCACCCGAGAAGAAGAUGAAAGUUGGUCGGUUAACCAUCUUUUUCGACGAAGAAGACUUGGAAGGGACGAUCCAACCUCAUGAUGAUGCGUUGGUAGUAACAGCUCGGAUAAGCGGGUUCUUGGUGAAAAGAGUGAUGAUAGACCAAGGAAGCGAAGCCGACGUGAUGUACCCAGAUCUGUUCGAAGGGCUCGGAUUGAAGAGUCAGGAUUUGGCGAAAUAUGACAUGCCGCUGGUCUUGUUUGACGGAAGAGUCGUGGUUCCCAAAGGGCAAAUUUCUCUCUCGGUGGACAUGGAAGGCAAGGAAGUAAUAGUGACCUUCAUAGUAGUCCGGUCAUUCUCACUAUACACUACAAUCCUGGGAAGGCUAUGA